ACAACAAGGACGAGGCCCCGGAUCGAUCGAAGAAGCAAGCAACCGCACCCAAACCCUAGCCGAGCUCAGCCGACGCCGCCUCCUCCUCCUCCUCCUCCCGAUUCUUGUGGCGUGCGACGUGCCGGUGCCAUGGCGCUGCUCUCUCCCUCCAGCACUUCGCGGCAGGAUCUGUCGCCGCCGGCGGACUCUCUACUUCCCACCUCUCAGGGUGUAUCCAGCAAUGGACCCAAAGCUGACGUUGCUAGGAACAAGGAGGUUGAUCAUUUGUUGGCAAAAUUAGAAAAGGAGGGAGUGGAGAUAGAUGGCAAGAUAGCUAGUAUUAUUGAUGAUGAGAUAGCUCGAAUUAAAGCUGAAGCUGAGAGGGAGAACAUCAAUGAAGAAAAAAGGAGGAUUAAAGCACUGCUCACUAUUGCAGGUGUCGCUGUUGGUUUCGUCGUGGGUAUGAAGUGCGAAAUAGAUAAAUACCGUAAGGCAUUUGCCAAGAUAUAUGGAAGACCAAGUAGGUAAUCUUAGGAAAACACUGUUGGCUAAUUAUGGUAUGCAAAACCUAAGUUUUUAUUUCAUGCUAUACUGUGGUUUUUGGCAUGUGUAAUGUACUAACUCUUAUUUGGUAAGAUUACUUAGCAGUUCUAAGCUGCGUGGAGCAUGUGCCCUAAGUACUGCAUGCGGGUCAAAUGUUUGGUAAUUGUGUGUGAUGAUUAUCUAUGGACUGUUGUAUGAAUCAAGAUGGCGAUUUAAGGUUGCAAAAUUGUAAUUUAUGAAGUCAUCCGUGA